AUGGGGUGUGGAGCCAGCAGGAAGAUCGUCCCAGAGCUGCCUGCGCUGGCCGGAGUUAAGCAGGAGGGUCAAGGCCACGGCAGUGGUCUGGGGCCGGGAUCCGCAGCGGUGGCUGAGGCAGCUCAGAGGAUGCAGGUGGUCCGCUUCCGAGCCAAGUUCGACCCGCGCGUCCUGGCCAGAUAUGACAUCAAGGCCCUUAUUGGGAGGGGCAGUUUCAGCAAGGUUGUCAGGGUGGAGCAGAAAGCCACCAAGAAGCCAUAUGCGAUAAAAGUGAUGGAAACCAAAGUGAGGGAAGGCAGAGAGGCCAGUGACGCGGAGCUCAGUGUCCUGAGGCGUGUGAGUCACCGCUACAUUGUCCAGCUCAUGGAGGUGUUCGAGGCCCCGGACUGCGUGUACAUGGUGAUGGAGCUGGCCACAGGAGGGGAGCUGUUCGACCGGCUCAUUGCUCAGAGGUCCUUCACGGAGAAGGAUGCCGUCAGAAUCCUCCGCAUGGUGGCGGAUGGGGUGAGAUAUUUGCACACUUUGCGCAUAACGCAUAGGGACCUCAAGCCCGAAAACCUGCUAUACUAUCAUCCAGGUGCGGAGUCAAAAAUUUUAAUCACAGAUUUUGGGUUGGCAAACUCUGGCAACAAAAGUGGCGACUGGACCAUGAGGACGUUCUGCGGGACGCCGGAGUACAUAGCCCCUGAGAUUUUGUUGAGAAAACCUUACACCAGUGCCGUGGACAUGUGGGCUCUCGGGGUCAUCACUUAUGUCUUACUCAGUGGAUUCCUGCCUUUUGACGAUGACAACCAUACAAGGCUUUAUAGAAAGAUUCUUAGCGGCAAGUAUUACUAUAUAGCAGAGCCUUGGCCAACUGUUUCCCACUUGGCAAAGGACUUUAUAGACAAGCUACUACUUUCAGACGCUAAUCAUCGCAUGUCAGCUGACCAAGCCCUGGAUCAUCCUUGGGUGCUCACCAUGGCGGCAGAGUCUCCCAUGAAGAAUCUUCAGAGGGUUAUUUCCCGGAACCUCAGGCUGAGAGUCUCUCCUCACUCUCGGAGUCCCGGAUCUGCACAGUCUUCUAAGUCCUGCUCUUCUCACAAAUCAAGACAUGUGUGCAGCAAAAGAAACUUAGGAGUAGAAGGAUCACCACUAUCUGCACUUUUGUCAGCAGAUAAACUUUAA